AUGGUUACACGGGCCAGUUUAAAAAAUGAUUGUAUUUCGAAAAUGAUCAACGAUUCAGACAAUAUUCAUACGAAUAAUGAACUCGAUCGUAGUGGUCAGACCGAUGGCACAGUUAAUUCAUUAUCAGUGGCUGUCACCGAACGGAGCGUAAAUACACCCGAUGACAAAGCACUUGGUUCUAUUGGAGAACAAAUUGCUUUACCCGAUGCUAUACUGGUUACCAUCAGUCCAACAACUCUAGCACCUCAACAGGACAAUGCACUUACACUGAGUCCAACCGCUGUUGUCACUAGUGUGACAACUAGGUCACUAGCUUCUGUCGGCGGCAUUACGGCAGUGGCCUUAAGUAAAAUUUUUCGCCUGAAAGAAGCAAUCGACACUUUGGGCUCAUUGCGACUUGGUGGCAAUGUACCGCCGGAAAACUUUGAACGCAUGUUUCGUGAUAUCGAACGGGGUCGUUUGAACACGAACGAAUUGCUCUUGACCGCUGGUAUCGGCCUCGAUGAACAUGGCAGUAUUCCCGUACGGCUUCCGGCAUUUUUGUUGCCUGCAUUAUAUAUCCUUGAGCGUUUAGCCGAUGCAAAACUGAGUUUGCCUAAAUUCAUUGUGUAUCAAGCGACAGAUUUUAUAUGCAUCAAUAACCGACUCAAUCUACAAACUGGAGCGCAAGCUGCUAGAAAUAUGGAAUGUUAUUUGAGCAGGUACGUUGAAAUGUUCCAUCCAAGGAUAAAAUCGCAGCUUAUCUACAGAUUCGGUUUGCCUUAUCAUGAGUGCGAACAAGAAAACGUUGCCACCCUAAAAGAGCGCAUUGAACAAAACGUUCGAUCAAGGCAAAAAAUUUCUGCUACAACGAUCAGCGCUCUGGAGGUUUCAGAAAAGCGUCAUUCCAACGAUUCAGGCAAGUCACUGGUUUACGCAGCAGCCAAUGCACUGUACAGUGGCGCAGAUGCAAGCCUCUAUCCCUUCAAAGAAUAUCUUGACGGUGUCAGCGUUAUUUUACCUUUGGGCGGCAAUGCUGAAAAGACGUUUUUUGAAGUUACGUGCGCCAUUGCCGACGGUCAAAUGAAAAUUUUUCCUUUGCUAACCACGUUAGGUUCACGCCCAACCUACUAUGCCUAUAGUGGUUUGGCUGAUCCUCAAACAACCGCGAGUAUCGCAUCAUUUAUGGGUCAGACCAAGCCAAACGUACAUAUUAAAGCCGAUCUCGAAGCGCUUUUUGCCGAUGGUGCAAGCAUUGAGAAACUUGCAGCGAUCAAAGAGGCGGCUGAGGCACCUUCGAUAGAUAUCUGUAAAGAUUUUAUUAACAAAAAGAUUUAA